AUGCGUCUUUCUCAACUUAUUGUCUGGACGGUGCUGGGAUGGGCCUUGCCUUCAGGAGUUUGCGGCCAACCUGGAUCAAAUAUACAGAAGCGACAGGAUUCGACCAACACCAACCUUCCAUCCCUUACGACUGAUUCCCCGAGUGCUUCGGUGGAUGCGUCCACUCCGGUGAACAACACAGUCACUUCAUCUCUAACGACCUCGACGCAGACCGUCCAACGGACAACUUCCGCCAGAAGCUCGCCCUCCUCAGCCCCCUCAUCCACUGCGAAGCAUACCUCCAGUACAAAUUUGGCCCUCCCUACCGCAUCUACGAACCCUGCGAGCAACUCAACGACUACCUCGACUGAUAAAGAACCGGAUGCACUGCCAAUUCAGCCUCGACUUACACCGGCGUUUGGGAUCGCCGGAGUGAUACUCAUCGUCCUGGGGUCGACUUAUGCUUUGAUUGGUGUCAAGACCAGAUGGGUGCAAAUUUUUUUGUCGUGCGCAUUCCUGGCGAGUAUAGCAACGACAGCACUGGUCGACUAUGUGAUGAACCCGCCGGUGACAGAUGCUGUGCAGGGAGGCUUCUUCGUGGCGAUUUUCAUGACUGGCGCCGUGUUCGGAGGCGGUGCUCUGGUGUUCAAAGAAGUCACCGAAGGCUUUGCCUGUCUCUUGGGCGGGUUUUGUUUUAGCAUGUGGCUGCUAACCCUGCGAGCUGGUGGACUAAUUACUAGCUCAGGGGGCAAGGGAGCGUUUAUCGGGAUAUUCUGUGUGGUUUUCUGGGCGCUGUCCUGGACCAGCUACACUCGCCCUUAUGCACUAAUUGGGUCGAUAUCAUUUAGUGGGGCAACAGCUUUCACUUUGGGUGUCGAUUGCUUUACCAGAGCCGGCCUGAAGGAAUUUUGGUUCUAUAUCUGGAAUCUCAACGAUAACCUCUUCCCUUUGAACACCAAUACUUUUCCCCUCACAAAGGGAAUACGGGUUGAGAUAGCCGUGAUUGUGAUCUGCACCAUUAUUGGAGUACUCUCGCAGCUGAAGCUCUGGAAGGUGGUAAGAUCUAAACAAAGAGAGAAAGGCGUGGUCGACGAAGAGGAUUCGCGACAGCGGGAGGCGGUCGAAGCGGCUUUGGGCCGCCAUCUUCAACGACAGAACGAGCGCGACAAAUCCGAAUGGGAAAAGCAAUAUGGCGAUCGACUUACCAGUAAACGCAAUACCGUGUUGUGGCAGGAUCUACACCCAGAAAAACGAUAUUCGACCGUAUCGGUGGUUUCACUCGAGCAAGCGCCCAAAUCUGGUUCUUCCGAAAACGUAGAGAUGAAUGCCUUUGGGCCUCAGAGAGCAUCUUCGGCCUAUGGAUCGAAGAAUAAGCGGCAGAGCACGUUGACGGUCGAUGUAAUAGAAGAGGUGGAAGAGGAUAUGGAUGCCGUUGCAACAAAGGAGCGCCAGAAAGCGCUUCAAGCCCUGGAGAGUUCCAGAAACCCCUUUGGGACGGAACGAAAAGGGAGUGGCGAGUCAACUGCAGCUCAAAGUACUCGCAGUUACCUGAAAGAUGUUCACCUCCACCAAGAUGCUUUGAAGGAUCAGUCAGGCAAACCCAGCGGUUCUUCCAAGCUUAAACGAGGCUCGCAGCAGUCGCUUUCUCGCCGGUCAAGACACUUGAGCGCUAGCUAUGGUGGCGGCGGCUCUGAAUCGCAAGAACAUCUCAUCGACGGCGAAAGGCCACAGAGUAGGGCCUCCUCGGCUGCUGCGACCAUGGAUGUGGACAACGAAGAGCUAGAUGUGAAUGCGUUGGACGUCGAACCAGAUCCAAAUACGUCUUUGCCGCCAGAAAUUGUUAUCUCACCAGCAGCUAGUUCAGCCACGGAUGUCCCGAAGAGAGCAGAGAACGCGGCCAGGGUGCCUCUCGAGGUGCCAGGUAUUUUAGAGUCAACUAUCGAUGGGAACUUGCAGCUCGAACAUAUACUCGGGGACCUUGAUCGACUGUCUGCAAAUGGUGCUUCCAGCUCGGACGAAGCUCUCAAACUCGAGGGGGGCGAAACAAAGACCGAGUUGAGGGAAGUUAAGAAGCCUCACUCGCAAACAUCCGAUACUACCAACUCUAGCGCAGAUACUCUGACCAAAACUGCUCUCGCCAAAGUUCCUAGCCAGCUGUCGAGUGUGGUACUGUCCUAUCGGACCAAUGAAUGGGCAAAGCACAUUACCAUAGCCGACAAACCGAUAUAUGACGAGCCAGAGACGAUUGAAGGCAUUGACGAUGAGUUACCAACCCAGCUAGCUCCGGUCACGACCGAGCCCGAGAAGAUUCCGGCAGAGCCUCCUGUCGAAGUGCCGCCAGCAGCCACAUUACCACCCACCGUGAAAGCAGGCGGGGCUGGUGUGGGCAUUGCUUCCCAGCCGCCGUCGAGCCAACGGUCAGUGUCGGAUCAAGAGCGUCGUCGAAGCACGGGCAGAGUGCCGUCGCGGUCAGCAUCAACACAAUCGUUAAAACGCUCCAACAGCCGAGGCGGUCGGAACUCUCUCAACGCGACAAUGCAAAACUCGCUUGUCGCGACACCAAUCGACGAAGAUGCCCCUAUGGAAUUCACGAGCCCUGAGAGAGCGAGUCGGCGCGUGUCGUCACCCUACAUGAUGCCACAGCGGAGCAACAGUGGGACUCGGCCGCAUACAGCCUACGGUGGUGCGAGCGCACUUUCUGUUAGCAUGUACGACCUCCCUCAAGUGGCGCGGCCACUGAGCCAAAACAGCAAUCGGCCUGGUAUUUCGAUUGGAACCAGACUUGACUCGUACAAUUCCCAUCAACCAAAUCAGCGAGACCGCAGAAGCGACGCGCAAAAGCGAGAGUCUCUGCUUGCUGAAUGGCGGCUGUCACAACAACACCGGGCUACGAGCACGAGCAUCAACGGGGCGAUGGCGGAAGCGGGACAUGCUCAGCUGAAGGCGGAGAAGGAGAACCAGAAACUCAUGGAGGAAUAUCAACGAGGCAUGCAAGAAAGGAAACAGUUGGCAAUGGAUCAAGCCAUGAGACGACCGGACAUGCUAGAGCUGCACCGUGAAGCGAUGCGCAAGUUGCAAGCGGGGGCUAAUAAGAAUAUGGGAUCUAGAAAAGGCUGA